AUGGCUGAAGCUGAGAGGACCUUCCAUAUCUUCCCUAGGCUGCCGACAGAGCUACGACUUGAAAUAUGGCGCCUUUGCCUCCCAUAUCGCGUAUGGGAUACGGAUCUUCCGACCGAUGAAGCCAUUUAUGAUGAGCCUAACGCUGAUGGGUCCUAUCCCUGCAGGGUCAUCACCACAGCAAGGCUGAACGGGCUUCCGCCUGUCAUAACCCGCGUCUGUAAGGAGUCACGCUUCGUUGCCCAAGAAUCAGGGGGCAUCCUUACAAAAGAUUUCUUCAAGGGUAGACCAGAUGACGCUGUUUUUGUCUCUCAAACGAGUGGUGGAGACGGUAUGAAUUUUUGGGUUGACCCCAAGCGAGAUUCUGCGCAUCUUAACUGGACCCCUUUUUACCAAUCAAUUUACCAAAGAAGCUUUGGUAGUGCAUUGGCCUCUCUCAAGUGGAAAAGUCGCUUGGUUGCCGGCCGUCCCUCAAUUAUGGACGACUGGAUUAGCAUGAUGGUUGAUCAGCAAGAAGAGAGAUUUGAUGUUCUCGAACAGCUGCCUAGCUUAUGGGUGAUUAUGCGUGUUGUGAUUAUCCAUGCUAGUUUCCGAGAAGCCGCACAGACUGGUCUGUUUGGAUUACUAGGUGACGCAACCGUACAGAUUGUCUCCUUGGCCGACGAGAAAAAAGCCAAUGCGCUGUACGACUUUGCCGAUGAAUGCGCUCGCGAGAUUUCUGGCGAGGUAAUCCGAAGGGAGUCCUUGGAAUCCUUGAAGCAGGAGCUGAAAGACAGCUUCGAGAGGAACAGGAUAUCCGAAAAUGCAUCCUCGAGAAUGCAUCCAGCCAUCAUGUUUCGGCUUUGUACGUCGAAUUGUAGUAGCCCAAAGAAGGGUUUAUCAUCCAAAUGA